AUGAAUUACCAAUUACUCCAACCUUUUACUAGAGCAGAUGUGGAGACUGCUUUAUUCAACAUGUAUCCUACGAAGGCACCGGGGCAUGAUGGAAUGCCGGCUCUUUUUUACCAAUGUUACUGGCACAUUGUAGGGGACGAGGUAUCGCACAAGUGCUUGCAGAUAUUGAAUGGAGAAAGUAGUGUCCAAGAAUUUAAUCAUACUCUAAUCUCCUUAAUUCCUAAGGUGCAGACACCUUCCAGAGUGACUGAAUUUCGACCAAUAAGUCUGUGUACAGUGAUUUACAAAAUUAUUGCAAAGGCUUUUGCAAAUAGACUCAAGUGCUUAUUGCCUUCCGUUAUCUCCGAGUCGCAAAGUGCUUUUGUACCACAACGUCAAAUUCUUGAUAAUGUGAUGGCAGCUUUUGAGACAAUGCAUUUUAUGAAAGGCUUGAAGAUGGGACAACAAAUGAAGAUGGCUAUUAAACUUGAUAUGGCUAAGGCUUAUGAUCGAGUAGAGUGGUCCUUUUUGCAAGCAAUAAUGUUGAGAUUGGGAUUUGCUUCAGAGUGGGUCAAACGGAUAAUGGAUUGCUUAACAACAGUUACCUUUUCGGUGCUUUGGAAAGGUAAUCCAUUCGGGCAUGUUGUUCCUCAGAGAGGGUUAAGACAAGGGUGUCCUCUUUCACCAUACUUAUUUUUAAUGUGUGCUGAAGGCUUUUCAAGGUUGUUGCAGAAUGCUGAAAUGAUAGGGAUGAAGGAUAUAUUUCAAGUGUAUGAGGAGACUUCUGGGCAAAAGAUCAAUCUUACAAAGUCGGCUUUCAGUUUGAGCCCAAAUGCUACUGCUGUUGAAAAACAAAUAGUUUUGGAUUUACUGGAAAUUCCGUUGGUGUCUUGCCAUGAAAAAUAUUUAGGUUUGCCUAUGGUGACAGGUAGAGGAAGAAAGCAAAUUUUCGGGACUGUCAAAGAUCGAAUCGGAAAACGAAUUAGUGGGUGGAAGGAAAAGCUCCUAUCUAGAGCUGGUAAAGAGGUCCUGAUUAAAGCUGUGUUACAGGCUAUGCCCACCUACUCGAUGAGCUGCUUUCGGAUGCCUAAGGGGAUGUGUAAGGAACUUCAUGGCUUAAUGGCUAAAUUCUGGGUGGUCUAA